AUUCGUGUUCACAUUCGCGCCUGGGCAGCUGAUGACCCUCUCUAUUGUACUGUGUGUGUGUCGGACUCUUAAGGCCAAUGCCUGACUGUCAUGGACAGAUUUUGCAUGAAUUUCUGGAUGCUAUCAGAGGACAAACCCGGGCUCUCUGGAGACGACUGAGAGACGAUUGAGAAAAAGUAGUUUUCAGGUCAUGGAUUUCCCGGGGCAUUUUGAGCAGAUCUUCCAGCAGUUGAACUACCAGCGUCUGCAUGGACAGCUGUGCGACUGCGUGAUCAUGGUUGGUAGUCGUCAUUUCAAGGCUCACCGUGCCGUCCUGUCUGCCUGCAGUACACAUUUCCGAGCCCUGUUUACUGCUGCUGAGGGAGACGCCAGUACGAGGAUGAUCCACCUGGACUCAGAAGUGGUGACCGCUGAAGCGUUUGCUGCACUCAUGGACAUGAUGUACACGUCCACGCUGAUGCUAGGAGAGAGUAACGUGAUGGAUGUCUUGCUGGCCGCUUCUCAUCUGCAUCUGAACGCUGUGGUGAAAGCCUGUAAGCACUACCUUACCACUCGUACUCUACCCAUGUCUCCUCCGGCAGACCGUAGUGGUCAGCAUCACGCCGAGCAGCAACAAGCAGCAGUGGCUGCGAACUCUCAUCUCCAGCGUUCAUUUCUGCUUCAACAGCUCGGCCUGAGCCUGGUCAGUUCUGCCCUGAGUGGCGCUGAAGACGGGGGAACAGGGAACGGGAGGAGAACGGGUUCAGCGUGCGGUAGCGGGUUGGUGGAUCAGCACGGUUCUCAUCCGGGACGCCGUUUCCUGAAGCGCAAACAGCCCUUGUCCCUGAUCGCUUCGGAACGGGGGAGGCCACGGCUCUCCACGCAGGUGGAGGGGAUUGUGGGGGAAUCGGGGGGGCGAGAGGGUGGAGAGGAGCUUCUGUCUCCAGAUUCCCAUAGUAAAAUGGUGGAUGAGGUCGUCGCUGGGGUCAUUCCAGGGGAUGAUGGAGGUUUACUAGAACGAGAUGGGUACCGCAGGGGACUGACCCAUGAAGACAUGCAGCUUCCCAGUCAGUCGGAUGGAGGAAGGGGACCAGGACCGGAAAAAACAUUGCUGCUGUCAUGCAAAGAGGAGUACCCAGAUGCGAGCCGUCACCAUACUGAGGGGAUGAAGAUAAAGAACGGAGGUGAGGAAGAAGAGGAGGAGCAGCAGCAGCACAUGCAGGUCGUGGUGAAGAGUGAGCCAAUGAGUUCACCCGAGGCUGCUGAUGAGACUAGCGAUGUUACGUCUCAGGCAGAAGGGAGUGACCAGGUGGAGCCAGUUGGAGAAAAGCUGGAAUUGAGUCCUGAGGGCAGUGAGCGCAGCUACUCCGACCCCCAGCCUAGCUCUGGGCUGCUGAUUAAAGGAAACAAGGGGUUAGGAGCAGCAGAAGACCGAGGAAGAGGAGAGGAGCUCUCCUGCAGUGAUGCUCUAGAGUCCUCCUCUGGACUGCACAUCUCCAGUUUCCUCAGCGCGAAGGCCUUUGCUGGCAGAGGGACAUCAUCUAACCGUGCCAACAGUGUUGACAAUGUUCCCAACACUACAACCGGAGAGUUUCAAGCAGACCACGAUUCCUCUCGCUUCUUCCUCCCAGCCGAUUCCAUCAACACUUCAUCUUCCUCUCUGCAGCUCCUUCCAGGCGAAGCACAGGUCUGCUCUGACCUGCAGCCUGAGUCCCUUCUUCUGCGGCCACUGCAUGAUGGGAUGGCAUCAUCCUCUUCAUUAGCAGCGUCCCGUGGUGGAUCGGUGGACCAGCUUGCACUAGAGUUCCAGCGAAACAUUUUGGGAUUGCAGACCUUCCCUCGUUCAUCCAGGGGUGGAGCAGGCGGGUGCCAAGCAUACCGGCGCAUUGCUCCCAAAGUUCCACCAGGAGGUGCUACAACACUUACAGACAGCCCUCAGCAGCUUGAUGCUGCCUCCUCAUCCUCUUCCUCCUCAGUGCUUCUUAACGGGGUGAACUUAAUGGACAGUUCUGUUACCGUAGGUCAAAAUGUUGGCAGCUCCAACUUGAACCCGCUACCCCAGUUGACAAGAGCCUCUGCAGAUGUUCUGUCAAAAUGUAAGAAGGCACUGUCCGAGCACAACGUUCUAGUGGUUGAAGGCGCCAGGAAGUAUGCCUGCAAGAUCUGCUGUAAGACGUUCCUCACUCUGACGGACUGCAAGAAACACAUCCGAGUUCAUACGGGAGAGCGCCCAUACGCCUGUCUGAAAUGCGGCAAGCGCUUUAGUCAGUCCAGUCACUUGUACAAGCACUCGAAAACAACCUGCUUACGAUGGCAGAGCAGUGAUAUGUCUAACACCCUGCUCUAAUUCAACCGCAGGCGCUCCAAAAGCACCAUACAAGGAGUGAGCAGAUCUGUACACUGUAAUCUCACAUCCACCAUUAUAGUAGGUAUAGGAACGUUUUUUUAGGUCUUUCAUGGCUGUAGUAUGUUGUUAACAUGCUUCCAGUUAACAUGCCGUCCAGAGAUAGUUCACACUGAAAUGUUCCAAACCUGUGACCUAGAAAAAAAAUGAACAAAUUAUUUUGCGUUCCUGCAGAAGAUGAAAGUCAUACAGGUUUGGAACAUGAGGGUGAGGAAGUGAUAACAGAAUUUUCAUUUUUGGGUGGACUGUUUCUUUAAGUUUCACUGUGAAAUGUUUUCAAAAGAACUGAAAUCAGACAGAACCUUAGAAGACCAGUCCUGUGUCCUGAUGAUUGAAGCUUGCUGUGGACGUCAGAAUUGUAUUGUCAGCUGUGUACUGUUGAUGUAUUUUAGCUUCUGAAGUUGUCUGUAUAUUCUGAACUGAAGCAUCAAAAGGAGAUUCAUCAGUUUUAAUUUAGGUGCACCUUUAGGCCAGUGGAUCUCGACCAUGGGCCCCACUAGUUGGCCUCGGCAAACAUCCAGGAGAAUCCCAAUAAGUCUUAAAAUGAUUUCAAUUUAGAUAUAUUAACUUAAUCUUAAUUCAAAUUUUAAACAUUUAAAGAAUCACAACAUUGAACUGACAUCAUAUUUUUGAUGAUAGAAGUGCAUAUCAACUUUGAAUAUUGUCUUAAGCUUAAGUGGGGUCCUGGAGUCAAAAAGGUUGAGAAGCACUGCUUUAAGUUCCAGUGGUUUAAGUUACAAAACUAUGUGAGCUGCCUGCCUGACUGUUUACAGUUCAUAUAGGCAGCCACUAAGGCAGCAAACUCAGAACUCAAAUGAAACCUCACAUUGGAACAUCUGGAAAGAACAUGGGCAGCUGUACUUUUAUGUUUCCCCAAGAAAUUUGCCUUAAUUUUUUAUUUGUUUUUGGCAAACUUAUAUAUUAGUGGUUUUGCCUUUGCUAACACAAAGUUUCUCAGGUGAACUGAUGAAGUUUUUAGGGCGAACACAAAACUCAAAAGCUUUGAAAUCUAAUUGGUCCUCCCAUCUCAUUUUAUCCCAUUUAGGGGUACUGUAUAACUUAGUCUCGCGUAGCCAGACCUUCUGACUUUAGCCAGCGGUCCGUGGGAGUGACGUCUGAGGCUGAGACUAUGUAUAACUUAGUUAAUUGCAAAGGAGUUUGACUCAAAAGUCAAUUUCAAGCCUACAGUCAGCUAUUCUGGGCUAGUGCUAUAUACUUUCUAAGUGCUAAAAACUUUCCACACAACAUAUUUCAAAUCGGCAACCGAGUCUGACAUUAGCUGUCUGAUAAAUGUUUUUGUCAUACUCAAAAAACUUAUAUUUCUGAUUGUCUCUAUGGCAGCUGGAGAUUUUAUUCAGAAGGUGGGAAUUAUUCCACCAUAUUUUGCAUUGCACUUUCUCCCAUUUAUAGUAAUGAGUGCACCUUCUUGGUUCAUCUCAAGUAUGGGUGGAAAACUCAGUUCCUGGAUGGCCACUGCCCUGCAGAGUUUUUCUAGUUUUUCUAGUAUUACAUUCAUUGUGUGGGAUACAUGUGAUGCUGCUUUCGAGAAAUGUCCUUAACGGUUCAGUCUUCACAUCAAGAUAAUUCUGUCUAGGGCAGGCUGUCAGCUUACUAGGUUUUGUAACACCGCAAAUAUGUAAAAGAAUAACCUUGCACAGUCACUACCGUUACACUUUUACUGUUACAAGGUCAAAUAAAUAGAUUUCUAUUAGAAGACAAAUCUUUUGACCACAUGUGGAAAUAUGAGCAGAAUUGACCUUGUUGCAUAUAUUUCCCUAAACUAACAAAUACUUUGUUUCUUGACUGUCGAUUAACACAAAAUGAUUCUUGUUUUCUAUGAACAGUAAUCAUUAUGUUGUAUUCUUAAAAAUAUGAAUGCGUUAAGGCAUGAAAUAUGUCCCCUUUGCACAGAAGAGGUAAUUGUUAGGAACAUUUUUUACUAAAGCACUGUGUAUUUGUGCCUGUUUCUGUUGUAUUCGAAUUUCUUACACUUUAUUGACAAAUGCAGACAGAAAUCAUGCACCGAGCACUCCAUAAAUGACCAUUUAACCUGAAAUCCUCAGACCAUUGAAAUUGAUAUCAGCACUGAGAGAACGUUAGACUACAGUGUUUAUAGGUACACAUUUUCCAUUUAAACUAAGAUACUAAAGAACCUGCAUACUGAUUAAAUUCAUGUUGACGAAUUUUAAUGGAAACUAUCGGUGAUGAAGUGGUCACUUUAAAAAAAAAAAAGACUGUUACAUUCAUGUGUCUCUUUGGACCUUCCAGUGCACAGAGAGAAAACCAUUAUGUAAAAAUUGCACCUUCAGUCUUUAAGGCUUUAAUGUUUUACGGUUUGUGGAGUAACAAAUACUAAACAAAUAGAACAUGCUGUAAACUAAACUAGAUGUUCAGUCAUUGUAUUAGUGGUUGUUAAUGGAUACUUUUAGGGGAAAUAUAAGAGUCUUGUCCUAGUAGUUUGUGAGAAGUCUUGUCUUUCUGUGAUGUGUUUGAUGUUGUACUGAGAGGAGUCCUUAAAUACUCGUAAGUAUAAUCCUUAAGAUUUAGAAGCUGCUUCAUUAAACACAUUCCAACCUGUAAAUGAGCUGUUACUGCAGAACUUAGCAUUUUAUUCAUGCCAUCUUUUAUUUAACCGUAGUAAUGUUUUUUUUUUCCCUUUGUGGUAAAUAUUGCAUCUGUUUGAUCUGAUGGACUCAAAGAUUCGAAAUAUGAAACAUCAUCACCUAACACCUCUUUAAAUACUAAAUAAGACUAAAUUUAAAAUAAAAUGGAGACAUUUCAGUAUAAAUUAUUGUCCUUUGUUAAUAUUUUUUUUCCUUCUAAUUAUUCAUUAAGAAUGUAUGAUUACAUGCCUGUGCCUGAGUGUUUCAACAUUCCUAGUAUAAUCGACUAAAUUUACUGGGGAUGUCCAAAGUCCAAAACGUGUUUGAAUUUAUACAUUAAUUGUCAAGCAACAGUUGACCUUAAAUGUGUGUACAUAUCAUGUGUUAAAUGUAACUAAUCAUACAGGACUUUUUCUUUAAAUGACCUGAAUCACAGUGGAAGUGAAACAACUGCCUUAUGUGAUUUGUUAUUAUUAGUAUUAUGAAUCUUAGAUCUAGAAAUGCCAAAAGUGAAGGAAUUAUUGUGAGUCUAUGUAAUGGCUGUUAACUGCACAUUGUUAGAGCACUCCUUUGUUUUUCUACUGGUUUAAAAAAAAAAAAGAAUUAAGUGAAUAAAAUCAUGAAGAAUGCUA